GGUGUCUGCUACAUUCACACUCAUAAUUUUUUAAAUUUUUGAGUAAAGAAAUAAAAUGCAAGUAAAAUAAAAGUGAAUAAAUGCAUAUUUAAAUAAUUUAAAAAACCGUACGCGGAUUUUUUUAAAUUUCAUUAGGAUGGCAAUUGAUUGUGAUAAUUACUUUCAAAAUCUUAUUACAAUAAUCAAACACCAUAUUGUUAAAUUAUAUUGUGCUAAUUUACAUGCCAAUGAUAGAAAUUUAGAAACUGUUAACGAUAGACAAUUUGAUAAUUUACGUCAACAAUGCUACGAUGAAAUUGAAUUAAUGAAAAAAACACGUAUUGCGUUUAUUAAUUUAACUUAUUAUAAAGUGCUGCACAAAUGUCAAUUUGCAUUAGCUCGAAGAAUAAAACAUGUUGAUAAAAGCGUAAUUUUGCAUGAAAGGGUUGAAUUUCCAUUGUACACUAGUGUGAUUAAUUAUCGUCUAAAGAAAGCUGUACAGAGAAAAGAAUUAUUAAUCAAUGCUUAUAAAAUAAUUCAUUGUUUGUUUUAUAAUGUACUUCCAGAUACAUUUAGGGAUAAUGAGGUCAGCGAAGGUAGAGGUGGACAUCGCGUAGGUGGUCAUCACGUAGCGCAUAUAUAAAAUGUGGUAAUCAGGUGGCUAUCCUAUACCACAAACUACUGCAGGGGUAGUAUAUCAGCAGGGGUAGGAUAUAGCAUGUCACGUUUCAUCAGUAGUAGUAAAGUGUGUAACUCCGCCGUCACCUGCUUGUGAAUGGCUAUUUCGCAUUUAAUCAUACAACAAUAAACAACAAUAAUAUCUUUUUAUUACUGUUAUUAUCAUUUUUUAAAACAAUAAUAAUGAAAGUAAUUACCAGUUGUAUGAUACUUUUAGUUUUCUUCUUUACUGCAAGCACAAAAUCUAAAAUUCUUCGCGGGGAACUCGUUACAACUCAAAAUUGGGCAUUUGUAGCAAGAUUUUGUUUUCUAACAGAGAAAGGUAAAUUUCGUUAUGACUUUGUCGUAAAAGGAAGUCCAAAUGAAACUUCAAAUGUAAACUUGUUGCUUUAUUAUGACGCGCCAGAUCAGUGGCCAAGUGUUUAUCCUUCGGAUAAAACGUGUGACCAAAAACAGUCUAUAUUGAGUCCUGAAUUUGGACAAAUAGUACCGCUAUCAGCAAGCAGUCACGUAGCAAGAAUAUCAGGCUGUACUCAGCUCUAUGAACCAUGGGCCCAAUUGCGCUGUACGAGUUAUCGAGAAUUUCGGUCAUCGAGACCACGUUGGUGGUUCAUUGCUUUAGCUGAUUGCACGUCACGUACUGGGCUAAAUAUUUCCUACGAUAUGAGUCUGACGAACGCUCAACCAGGUAGUUUUUGGAGGGAACAUUUUUCUGCUGAUGAAUUUUGGUUACUACCACUUCUGAUAGGAGCAGGAUGUGCUUACAUAUUACUGGUAAGUUACAGUCUCUACGUAGCGAUUCAAUUACGCUUACGACGUCUGCUCCAUGUGACAUACAAAAUAUUUAUGGUGUCACAAAUUUACCAAUUAAUUGGAAUCAGUUUCGAGAUCUAUAGUCUCGCAUAUCGAGGCUCGACAGGAUUUGAAGCUCCAAGAGCGGCUCUCUUUGGGAAUCUCUUCGAAUCAUGUGCGGAAACGUUGUACACUCUGCUGAUCCUCCUUCUGGCGCUUGGUUACACAGUGACCAAGAGUGUGUUAUCAAAUAAACAAAUGUGGUGUCUCUUUUGGUUCAUCGGAACGAUUGUCUUCCUCCAACUUGUUCUCUUUAUUUACGAAGCCGAGGUCUUUGAUCCCGGAUUAGUUCUCUAUAUCUACGAAUCACCGCCAGGAUUUGGACUGAUGGCACUCAAAGUCCUUGCCUGGGGUGUCUUUGUAGCCUGUUGCUACCGAACCAGCCGCAAAAGCAGCACCAAGUUUCAUUUCUACGCUUCAUUGCUGUCACUUGGCUCUGCUUGGUUUCUCUGUCAUCCUCUUACGGUACUUGCUAUCACGUUUGCUGUUGAUAAAUGGGUGAGACAGAGUGUCGUAAAAGGUUGUUCCCUAUGGAUUAUUUUUGUUGGACAUGCAAUGUUCCUUUAUGUUACAAGACCAACAUCUUCCAACACACGUUUUCCAUUCCAUAUACGAACAUGGCAAGUAGUUCCCAUUGCCGUUGGACAAAAUCAUAAUUACGAACCAAGAAGAGGGGGCACUGCUGCAAUAUUUACUAUUAAUUUAAAUAGAAAUCGUGCAAGACCCGCAUAAUAAUUAAUAAACUACAUUUUGUAAAUAAAUUAUUUUCUUAAAGAAAAGUGCCUUAAAUUAAAUAAAUUACUUAACUGUAAUUGUUAUUGUACAUAUAUUUAAAAAAAAAAG